AUGUCGAUGUGGGUGGGGGGAGACCUAGCAGCCAAGGGUACUUCGGCACCGAGCAAACAAGAGCUGAUACCCACAGUACCUAGCAAGCCCGACGUAGUAAGCUCUUGUGUUCUACUAGUGGAGCCCGACAGCGGCUUCCCUCCACUAUUUACCUUGGCUCCUCCAAGAACUCCCAAUGUCAGCCACGUCAAGCAGUCCGCCGCAAACACGUUGAGCAAGCCGUUUCGCUAUGGUGCAACUAUAUCGGGACUAUUCUUUAAGUCAGGUGGAAGCUGUAGCCCGGACAAAAGCUACUGUACUAUUAAACUCAGUACCUAUAAGGGUACUUUUGAUCGGGCUGAUGUGAUGCAGGGAAUCUCCAGCCUCACUGCGACGCUGGGAAGGGGUGGGUAUCCAUCCAUCCAAAUGGACAAAACGACAGGACAAUCUAAUAUAGCAACUCUCAUAAAACCCAGAUGGGAAGAAAGGGUUCAGAAGGAAUAA